AUGAGUGUCUCUGUGACUCCCGCGCAGCUCACCGCCCUCCGUUCCACUCUGCUCAACACCUCGGGUGUGACGCCUCUGCACGAGCGCUUCCGCGCCCUGUUCAUGCUCAAGGCCGUCGGCGGCGACGAGGUCAUCGCCAUCAUCGCCGAGGGUCUCAAGGACGACAGCGCGCUGCUCAAGCACGAGCUCGCGUACGUCCUCGGCCAGCUUGGCUCGGCCACGGCCGUCCCAAUCCUCGAGGACGUCCUCGUCAACCCCAAUGGCAAGCACUGUGCGAUGGUGCGCCAUGAGGCGGCCGAGGCGCUCGGCGCCAUCUCGUCGGAGAGCUCGCUGUCCACGCUGAGGAAGUACCUCGACGACCCGGCGCGCGAGGUGCGCGAGACGUGCGAGAUCGCCGUCGCCAAGAUCGAGUACGACCAUACGCCGGAGGGCAAGGCCCGCCUGCCAAACCCCGCGUUCCCCACGAUCGACCCUGCUCCCUCCUCGUCCAAGGAGCCCGUGGCGGACCUGCGCGUGGCCCUCCUCAACACCAAGCUCCCCCUCUUUGAGCGCUACCGCGCCAUGUUCGCACUGCGCGACUACGGAGGUGCGGAGCGUGACGCCGUCCGCGCCCUCGCCGACGGCUUUAGCGACAGCUCGGCUCUCUUCCGCCACGAGAUCGCGUACAUCUUCGGGCAGCUGAGCUCGCCUCACUCGAUCCCGUCUCUUCUGCGUGUGCUCCGUGACGACGCCGAGGAGGAGAUGGUGCGCCACGAGGCGGCUGAAGCGCUGGGCGGUAUCGCCAGCGACGGCGCCGACGCCGACAUUGACCCUCGCGACGACCCUCUUCCCGAGGGCGGUGUCUUGGCUAUUCUCCGCGACUGGGCUGUGCGUCCCGAGGCGCCCGAGGUCGUCCGCGAGAGCUGCCAGGUCGCCAUCGACAUGUGGGAGUACGAGAACAGCACCGACCAGUUCAACCCCCUCGACAAGCUCGCUACCGACUCCAAGUCGUACACUACCGGCAUGGAGCGUAGCGCGCACGCCGCCGUUGCCGCUGGCAUCUCGGCCUAG